AUGGGCGUACUUUGUUUGCUGUAUGGGCAGCAUUUGACGCGCGUCGUUUGUUUACGCGUAAACAUAAACAAUUUCCUCUUUUUGUUCCUCAGAAGCGCUGCUAAGUUUUAUCGUAAAGCAGACCUCGAAACUACAGCCGGCAAAAUGCUCACGGUUUGCUGCAGAAUCUGCUUGAAAAAUACACAUUUCAAACAGAUGUUAUCUCUGUUCGAUACGUACAAGGGCUUCGUGAUUCGAGAUGCGUUGCUGGAACUGUUUCAAAUCAAGAUCCUGCCGACCGAAAUGUUAUCUACAAUCUGCAAUGCGUGUGUGGCAAAGGUGUGCACUGUGCGAGACAUCCGGGAAGAGUUCAUUGCCCAGGAAAGCAAAUAUCAGGAAAUUCUUGGCACUGAAGUGCUCCAAGAUCCAAUACAUUCUCAAUCCCCACAAGCUUCGUCUACAAAUGUUUCUGCUAAAACUGAACCCACCCCAACGGUGGAAAGUACCACCGAGGAACAAAUUGUUGUGGCCACCAAAAGUACUGACACAGCGGUAGAGUCUCCUAUCGAACAAGCGAAUCUUGCGAUCAACAUCGAUGGAAAUGGUAAACUUCUACACGGACUGGGGCAAGUGUAUGAUUUAGAUGAGCGGGAUACACCACAUAGCGACUUUGAUGAAAUGCGCGAACCCGAACCCGAAAAGUCGCCGGAAGUAUAUGAAAUCACAAAACUCACAACAACUGACGACGCGAAUGAGGAGGAUAUAGAAAUCGCUAAAAAACAAGCGUGCAACGAAGAAAGUUCUAGCGGGAGUGAAUUUCAGCUGUAUUCGGCUACAGCAGCAAACAGUGAGGAAGAAACUUGUGAUGCAAACUGCAUGUAUAUCUGCGAACGCUGCGUAAUGUGUUUUGAGACGGACGAAGCGUACGAAUCGCAUGCUUGCUCAAUCGAGGAAGGGGAAAGCAAGCGUUCUUGCAAGAAGUUGCCAACCGGCGAGGACUUAUCGUCGGACAGGAAACAGACAAAAUAUGUGAAUCUCGCCGACAUCCAGUACGAAUGUCCGCACUGUUCGGUUUCGUACGAACAGGAUAGUCAACUGCUACAGCACUGCCGCUUAUACCAUCUGGAUGAGUUUGAAGCUUUUCGUUGCACCAUAUGUAUGGCCGAGUAUGCUACACAGGCCGCACUGACCGAUCACAGCGAGUCGCAGCAUCCGACCGGGUAUCGGUGUCGAUUUUGCAAUAAAAAGCUUUUGAACUCGUACGCGCUGAAGAGCCACGAAAACGUGCACACCCGGCAGCAGUCGUUCAGAUGUACCGUGUGCAGCAAGAAGUUUGCCCAAUACACCAGCCUGUGGCGCCAUAUGGCGAUACACAAUGAUAUAAAGGCGUACGAGUGCGACAUCUGCGAGAAACGGUUCCGACAGAAAUCGGUGAUGAUAGCGCAUCGCCGCACGCACACCGGUGAGAAACCGUAUGCGUGUGAGGUGUGUUCGAAAUGUUUCCGGGACCAUAGCACACUGGCCAAGCACAGGCGUGUGCAUGCAAAAGAGAAAAAGGAAACGUGUAAAACCAAAAAAGGGAACACGAUUUGGAGUACAUCUUGAUGGAAGGAAAUGUUCGGUUCCUUGGCCAUAUGCUUUAGUCAACAGUGACAAUGCGGCACGAUCCAACGGAAUGAGCGAAAUCUUGUAACCAUUAUGAAGGAACUAAACUAUUUGCUACCUACAGUGACAACUUUCUAUAGGAUUUCUAUAGGAAAUUCGGAAAGCAUGUAUCGGAAUGCCAUGGGAAUAUUUUCAACUGUAAUCUGUCUCGCGACCCAAAACAAGUUUGACAUCACUGCCCUAAGAUGAAUUUAAGCUACUCUUUUUUUUUAGCAUUCGUAGGAGCUUCAGUGAUUCACGGAAUACACUCAAUAUUUCAAAGCAUUCUAAUUGGUAUACUUUGUAGGUGUAUGUGAUUUAGAAAAGAUUUUGAAAUCGUUUUUUGAAAAAUUUACAAAAAUCGCAUAUACUAUUAAGCACGUGCCAAUUAAAAAGCUAUGAUUUGAUAGUUGGUACGAAAUUUAAGUUUAACUAGUUAGUAUAAAGUGUACCAUAGGUUCAGUUAGGUUAUGUUAUAAUUGUGGAAGUUAUUGGUAUUAUUGUAAUUGGUUUGUGAAGUUAUUUUAAUUUUUUUUUUGUUCAGAGGAUAAGAAUUUUUAUUAUAGAAUGAGAACAUUUUUAUAUUUCGAGCGCGCUUCACAAACCAUGACUGUCACAACCACAAAGAACGCAUUAAGAUAUCUAAGCUAAAUGUCGAUUCCUGUAGCACCUUAGUAGUGAAGACCCUACACUUUCACCGUCGAUUGUUGGAAAUUUAAUCAAUCUCCUAAUCAAAAUAAAAUAAUUUCAUUUAGCUUUGAAAACAUUAAUGAUUUCGGGAAACUUUCAAUCUUUCUGUAUGGCAGCAAACUAUCACAAUGAAGAUAAAAAUGUUUUAAUAUCGACGAUAAACUACAACUACAGAGUAAAACAUAUCGGGAAAGUUGCAUUUGUCGAACUCGUCCAUUGUAUGUUAUAUGCAAUGAAAACAAUUUUACCGAUUUCACUGAUUGCAUUCCAUAUGCAAAACUAUUUUUUACAAUGUUUAUGAAAAUCAGAUUUCCCAUACAACCUGAUGUUUUUUUUUUUUUAUUAUUUUUAUUGUGGUGUCUCGAAACUAUCUAAUAUACAUCAAAUACAGUGGAGCGUCGUUUAUCCGGGGUACCUUUUAUCCGGCUGUCUGUUUAUCCGUGCUGUUAAGAAAUGAUAGUUUAAUACAAAGGUGACAUUGCGUGCUGAGUAGAGUAUUUGACAAAAAAUCGGAUAUCAGAGAACAUUUUCAUAACAAAAAAAGCUAUAAUUCAUGGCCAAUUUAAAAUAUUCUGGUUGGAAAACAUGAAGUUUAUAAAAAUUGGCUAGGUUUUACCAAAACAUAAUAUAAGUUUCCAAAAAAUAUAUACUUUGACUCAUUAUCGAUGUUAUUUGAGUAUCCGGGCGAGGUUGAGUCCCGAUGAGCCCGGAUAUACGGAGCUCCACUGUUAAUUCAUUUGAAAAUUAAACAUCAGAAAACUGUGUUCACCACCAAACAAAUCUAAAAUCUAGGUUCAAGUAUCGUUUCGAAUCCGAAUAUGAAACAGUUAAUACCUGGAACUUCCAGAGAAUAAAUGAAAUCGUGAGCUAUUUCUGGAUCGGUAUGGGUUCAUAAUCGGCUCGAGUUCCGGUGUAGGUUCAGUCUCAGUUUCACGUCCGGUAUAAGUUCAGUCUCAGUUCCAGAAUCGGUACAGGUUCAUGAUGGGUUCCAAGACCGGUAUGACCAGUUUUGGUUCCUGGAUCGGUAUAGGUUCGGUAUUAGAUCUUGAAACAGUAAAGCUAAUGUAUUGGUGUCAGGAUCAGUAAGGGGUUUGUUUUGGUUUAAGGUCUCUUUAGGGGUCGUCAUAAGUUUCUUCAUUUUAAUUGGGUUGCGAGGCUAUUUAUUUCGACGCAUUCUGAAGGGUAAAAGAGUUCUUUGAACCUGGCCAAAUUAACUAGUUGUUCUUCUUUUUCUUUGGCUCAACAACUGUUGUCGGUCAAGACCUGCCUGUACCACUAAUGGGAUUGGCUUUCAGCUUAGCUUUUCGGUUUGGCCUUAAUACGAAACUGGCCUCUUUUCUAGUUGUUAAAAAUGGCAAUACAGUCAGAAUUCAAUAGUAGAACGUUGUUAAGUUGGUAUUUUUAGUUGAUAGCUCGAUAGUUAAAUUAAAAAGCAUGCGUUUGUUUAUAAACUCGGUUUUUGAAAAUUUCACACAAAUCUAGACCGCUAGAUUUAAGAAGCUCUAAGAAGGUUAAAGAAAAAAAUCGGAUCAAUAUGGAACCAAUAACUUCAGAAUGUAUU